ACACUAGAGGGAGAUAUUUUAAAAAUAAUUUGAAGGCGCUGUUUGUGCUUCCACCAUUGGAGCCUACUUUUGACAAAGCGACAGAUUACAUUAAAAUGUUUAUUAGUUUUGAGUUAUAUAUUAGUGUUAUAUAUUAUUAUUUAAUAGAGUUGGACAAAUGACAAGUUUAUCGAAUUAACAUCUGAUGCAUACACUGAAAUAUAUGAGUUUUAUGGUUGAAAAAGUUGUAUGUAAAAAAAAGGCCGGUAUUUUUAUGUGUACUUUCGAUUAUACCCGUCAAUAAGACUGUAUGUGUUGUUUUAUGACUGCAUAAAAUAUAGCCUGUUCUAAAAACAUAAAUUAUCACACCCCUCCCAUCACUCCUCGCUGUCCCUCACACGCAACACACACACACACACUUGCAUUAGUUCUGCACCCCCUCACCCGUUUUAUGUCUCGAUCUUUCGAGGCUUCUGUCCACACGGCAAACGGACAUUAUGCAGCUGAACUGAGAAGACUUUAUUCACAGGUUGUGUCCAAACAUACAACCAAAAUGAGGGAGUUACCGAGGGUGCGUUAUGCCGACUGUUACAGUUCAGAGGCGAGUGAAGAGACGGUGAUCGCGGUAAAUAUUGGAGGGGUCAAGCACGUUCUCUGCGGAGACAUGCUGAACCGAUAUCCCGAGACGCGCUUGGGGCAGCUGGCAAACAGAGCCGCGGACUGCCUGGAAGAUCUCUCUGCGCUCUGUGAUGACUACGACUCAUCAAAGCGAGAGCUUUACUUUGACAGAGAUCCGGAGGCGUUCAGGUGCAUCAUGGAGCUUUAUUACUGCGGAAAGAUUCAUAUGAAAAGAGGAAUCUGCCCUAUGUGUUUCAUGAGAGAGAUGGACUUCUGGGGAAUCGAUGCGGAGUAUCUGGACGACUGUUGUACAAGUAGUUUAAACGAUGUGGAAACUGAACUUGCAGAAAUUGCGGAGAAGGUAAAGACCAUACUGGACGAUCUGGAGGGAGAUGCUACGGCGAAUAGAGUCCAGAAGUGCCAAGUGUUCAUGUGGAAGCUCAUGGAGAAACCAGAGUCAUCUUUGGCCGCUCGCGUAAUCGCCAUCGUGUCUUUUGUCUUCAUCUUGCUUUCAUCUGUAGUCAUGUGCGUGGGCACCAUCCCGGAGCUGCAGGUGAAGAAUGCAGAUGGACACUUAGUGGAACACCCGACCCUCGAGUGCAUCGAGACGGCAUGCAUUAUUUGGUUCACCGUGGAAUACGUCCUGCGUUUCAUCUCCUCUUCUAACAAGGUGCGCUUCACGUUUUCCUUCAUGAAUAUAGUGGACUUUCUGGCCAUCAUGCCUUUCUACGUGGUGUUGAUUCUUACGCAUCUGGGCACUGCCAUGAUGGAGCUGGCCAACGUGCAGCAAGCAGUCCAAGCGUUGCGCAUCAUGCGCAUUGCGCGCAUCUUCAAACUGGCGCGCCACUCCUCAGGUAUCCAAACUCUAACUUACGCGCUUAAGAGCAGCUUGAAAGAGCUGGGUCUGCUGCUCAUGUACAUGGGCGUGGGGAUUUUUCUGUUUUCCGCGCUGGGGUACACGUUGGAGCAAAGCCACCCGGAGACCAUGUUCACCAGCAUCCCCCAGUCUUUUUGGUGGGCCAUCAUUACUAUGACCACUGUGGGUUAUGGAGACAUAUACCCAAAAACCACGCUGGGCAGGUGUAACGCCGCUGUCAGCUUUUUAUGUGGCGUGAUAGCGAUUGCGUUGCCAAUCCACCCGAUAAUCAACAACUUUGUCAUUUUCUACAGCAAACAGCGCGUGCUGGAAACCGCUGCCAAACACGAGAUUGAACUCAUGGCAUUACGCUCAAAGGAGGAAGAGCAAGGGUCCCCGGAUCAUGGUAAAAUUGCAGCACAGAGGACACGGGCAUCGGGUGGCAACAGCUCAGGGUGGGACAGUGCUGCUGUGAAUGCGUCACAUAGUGACACGUAUAUACCGUUACUUGGCGAUACAGCUACGGGAUCCAAACGGCAGCCUGUGCACAAAUGCAAGAACAGCUGAGUGAUUUGCUCUUAAUAUUGUCAUGUUUGUGAAACAUAACUAAUCAAUAUGGACAGUUCACUGGGAAACAAGUUAAGCUUGGUCACUAAUGUGUAAACGUAAUUAUCAUUAUAGGAUAUAAUCAGUUUAUAUUUUAUUGAUCUUUGGGGGAAUAAGUCUAGAGAGCAUUAACCAAAACUUUGAUGGAGCUUUUAAAAUUUUAAACCCAGAAGGAUUUGUGUUUCUGUAUAAUCACAUUUGGUUUGUUUCUGUAGCUCACUUGGUAGAGCAUUGCAUAGAGUGCAAAUAUUGUGGGUACAAUUCCAGGGAACACACGCACCUAUAUAGUAAAUGCAUAAUGAAUUUUUUUGCCAAAUGCAUAAAUAAACUUUUGUGUGCUUUCACACAGAAUUAGUUGUAAUGUGCAUAGUUAAAAUGUCAUUAAAUGAGAUAUUUCUUUAAACAAAACUAACAACGUCUAAUCUUUAAGUUAAAAAAGUGAUCAAAUAUUUAUUAAGAACUAGUGGGGUCUGAAGAAGUCUUACAGUAAUGCAAAAAAUAUCAUUCAGAUCACCUUGCCCAAAAGGAAGCCAUGUAGAAUAAAAAUGGUUGGGUUUAUGCCAUUUUAAUUUUGUAUUUUAUUUACAUUUGUUCUAAUUUUUAAGUAAUGACAUUAGUUCAAAACUUUAAAACAAAGUGAAA